UCAUCCAGUUUGCUUCUCUUUCUUCCACUUCUUGCGUGUGUGUGAAGAGCUGUUGACGUUUUCAGCCAAUUUUGUUAUUCAAAACAAAAGUUCUUCGCCAUGGCCGACGCAAAUUCCGCUAAAAAAUCCACCCUAAACGAUCAGGAGCGCGAUCUCGAGCAGCAAGCGUUUAUUGAAUUCCAAAAAGCCGACUACCAUGCAUGUCAUCAAACGCUGCAAAAGCUGCUGAAAACGCAAGACUCGAACCCGAAAGUGCUGCACAACCGGGCAGUGGUGGAGUUCUACAACAGUGAUCUCCGCCGAUAUGAUCAGUUUCGGUCGGCCAUGAUCCAGCUAACCGGUCUGGUAGGUGAGAUUCGGACGGUGGAAGUAAAGGAUCGCGAGUCCUGUGCGGCCUACGUGAAUCAAGCCAUCGUGCUGUACCAUUUCAAACAACCGCAGGCCGCACUCAAGAUAAUGUUGGCCGUUAUGGCGCAUUUCGACCGGCUGGAUGAUUAUCUGUUACGCCGUGCCGGUAUCUUUACCGUGCAUCUGCUGCUCGAUACGAACCAACCGAAGAAAGCUAACCGAUUGCUGGGAAUGCUGCAGAACCGGUUGGGCAUACAGGUGUACGCCAUACUGAGUGAUUCGGACGAAGACGAACCGUUGAUAGAUAACGAAAGCCGGAAGGACAUAUCCGAGCUACAGUUCGAGGAAUUUCGUAAAGAGUUUCGCUUGAUAUUGAUCCGUUCCAAUUUGCUGAACGGCAAGAAGAACAUGUCGAUCCCGCUGGAAGAUACUUCCGAGUACUCCAUACUGAAAGGGCAUCAGUAUUUCCUGGGCAACGACUAUCAAAUGGCAGCGAAAGAACUUUCGAAACAGUUUACGAACGAACCGGUUAGCGUGAACAAGCAUGGGGAGGAUCAGAACACGAUUCUGGCGAACAAUAUGGGCGUAAUACACUUCUCGGUCAAGCAUUACGCGCUGGCGGCCCGCUUCUUUCAACAAGCACUGCUGUUCGACAAGUCUGCCACGGAGGAUACGUCCACGGAAAAGGUCGAAGGUUCGCCGCUGUACUGUGUCGGCGCUACGAAGCGCCCGGAAAUCCUGUACAACCAUGGGCUUGCUUUGCUGCAUCUUCAGCGCCCGAAGGAAGCGUUCGAAUGUAUGCUGAUUGUGCUCAACUCGAAUCACAACAAUCCGCGCCUAUGGCUCCGUCUGGCUGAAUGCUGCAUUAUGGUCCAUCGGCAGGAGAAACAAACGCAGAACACAAACAUAUGCCACGGCACGGUCGGUAGUGGUGUGCAUCGGAAGUACGUGCUAAAUCCGCUGCGUAAAACGGCCGUUGUUGACGGUGAUCAGUCGCUCGCCAUCCCAGCCACCACGCUCGAGUUUGGAUCGUUAUGUUUGCGCAAUGCGGUCACGCUGUUAGAAUUUCACGAACCGGAAUUGAUCCGCCAAUCGGAGAGCACCGAUAAAACGGUCCCGUGGGAUAAGCUUUUCGAAGGAGUGCCGUGCAAUCCUUCGUUACCGAUGAAGUUGGCCUCGUUCAAUAAGCUCAAGUGCGCCGUUUUGGCCGCGUACAGCUAUGUGCUGAAUACUCUCGGCGAGUAUACCUUGGCACUGAAGUAUGCGAAACAGCUGUCGACAAUGAAAGAUUUACCACAGUCGUAUUUAUUACUGUCCCACAUGUACGCGGCGGAAGCAUUGAUCAUGAUGAACCGACCACUGGAAGCUAUCACCUACUUGGAACCGAAAUUUAUCGCCGACCUGUCCGGAGAUGAUUUCGGUAUGCGAGCAUCUCCCCACUGGAACAUCAAUUCAGCCGAAGCUGCUCGCUGCGUAAUGCACUACAAUCGUGCAGUGGUAUCGUUUCUGGUAGGAGACUAUGAGCAGGCUAAAAUAUCGAUGGGUAGCUGCAAUCAUCCGCUGGUAAUGCCGUACCUGAAGAUGCUGAACGUCUACCAGGAGCUACUGCUGGGCAACUACGACAAAGUGCAGCUGCUGAUACGGUACGAUACGCCGCAUUUAAUUUAAGUUGUUGUAAAUAGCAAACUGUACAAUAAAACGCAGAGAAGUAAUUUAAUUUAAA